AUGGAAGGUCUCUUCGCGCUCGGCUCCAACGGAUCCGGUCAGCUCGGUAUAGGUCACCAAGAGGACGUAUCAGUCCCGAAGCAAGUCGAGUUCGCGUGUGAAGCUCCUGAGGACCCCGUUGUAACGAUUGCAGCAGGGGGAAACCACACAAUUAUAGUUACGGAACUAGGGAAGGCUUUCUGGGCCGGCAACCCUUCGAGUGGUGCCUGCGGGAUCGUGGAAAAUGCCAAGGAUGUGAAAGCAUCCAAGUUUCAUGAGCUGGUCCUCUCGACUCCUGAAAGUCACGGCCCCGUCGUUCAUGUUGCCUGUACAUGGGACUCAUCUAUAUUCGUGCUUAGGGAUGAUAGUGGCAAAGCUACACGCGUGUAUGUAUGCGGGGUCCCUGACGUAGGGACUGCUAAUAUAAGUUUGGGAUCUGCUUUAAGUCCAAUUCUACUCAAGAACUUCCCUCCCUCCGGGACAGAGAUUCAAAGCCUAGCUGCCGGCUUCAGGCAUGUGGUUGCUGUAUUAGAUAACGGAGAUGUCUACGGUUGGGGUAAUGGGCGCAAGGGCCAGUUAGGGGAGCUGUAUAACGAAGCCGAUUCAAAGGGUGUAAUAUACCAUCCGCGGAAACUUAACGGAAUUUCUUUUAAGGUGGCUAAGGCCGUCUGUUGUCAAUACACAACUUGUCUUAUUAGCGAGCCUGGGGAUGGUCGAUUACUUGUCCUGGGAGCAGAUAAAUGGGAAUUGAAAAGCACCGCCCCUGCUGAGAUACCCAAUUGGAGUACGAUUACUGCAAGCUGGGGAGGCAUUUAUGUUUUACAACGAGAUGGCACAAUGGUCGCAUGGGGUCGAAAUGAUCACGGACAACUGCCACCUCCGGGACUCCCAAAAUUGGAGAGCAUCGUUGCUGGAAGUGAGCAUAUUCUAGCUGUGACUGAGGGCGGUGAUGUAUUAUCAUGGGGGUGGGGAGAACAUGGAAAUUGUGGACCGCAAACCGAGAAAUUCGGAGAUGUUAAGGGUCGAUGGAAUGUGCUUGCGUCAUUGAAGCACUUAUCGGAGGGAUCUCAAAUUACGACGAUCGGAGCUGGGUGUGCUACAAGUUGGAUCAAUAUCAAAAUAGAUGGAAUGUUUCUUUAG